AUGGCUGGUCCUCGCUCAGGAAUCUUCACCAUCAAUCUAUCGUUCUCACAUCUACUCGAUGUGCCAGCACGGCCUGUCGUGUCCAACGAGGACGCAGGCACCCUUCUAUUGCUUGUACAGCUCCAGCUCAGCAACGAGGCGGCACGAGAAGUAGGUAUCCCGCCCGCCCGCGGCCCCAGCGGUCCUGAGUGGCCAGCUGCCCAGGUCACGACCGCUGGUCAACCCAUUGAGAUUUAUGCGCUGCGCGCUCCCCAGACUCUUCUCACCAGCCUCUCGUUGAGGAACGGGAGGUCGAGGUGGCUGCCAUCGAGGGUGUUGAUGCGGGGCAGUAAAGUGCCACGCGUGGCCGUGGAUCGGCGUGUACUUGAGGCAGAUCCAGCAGAGGCGGCGGUUGCGCGAGAAGUAGGUCCUGAGAAGUAA